AUGCUCCAUGCCUCAAACGGGGGGGCCCCCACUUUGGUCCUCGACCGGCUUUGUCACGUCUCAGAGCUCCGCCUCAGCACACGCCCCAGGCAAGCAGGUGAACCCGGUUGGCAUGCUGAACCCACGAUUUAUCUGGCAGCGCUUCUGAUUCGGUACGUGCCUGGGCGUCGUGACUUUAUUUAUUUGACUACCUCUCUCUUCACUCCUCUCUCCUCUCUCCUCUAUCCUCAUGACACUCCUAACUUUCUACAGACGACCGCUCCGACCCCCCCCACACAACCGUUGCCCGUCGAGACGGGUCAUGUAGUAUCAUGUCGGUAUCUUGCGGCUCAAGUCUCGACAACUGAGGCAACCGCACAAUGUCAACACUUGAGUCGGACAAAGCUGCUCAACUCUGACAGAUUCCAGACCCGAAGAAGGCAUACAUACCGAAGCGAAGGCGAAAGGGGGGAGAAGGCCCGAGUCCUUUCAUGGUAUUGUGACCUCGGCAACCGGUCCGCGGUUGGAUACCUCACAUUCCGUGGGCAACUCAUUGGGUCCAGAUGUUCCCCACAGGACGCAAUUCGAGGCGAGACUAUGAUCCGUCCUCAUAAGCAGAAUUGCUGGACACAGUUUGAUGAGGGCGGCCUAAGUGAUAUGGUUGGCCAAAGUAUACCGGCCCUGCCUCCACCCCACAAGUGCCCGGAUGGCCGGCUACCCUCCGUCUCGGUCUCGUAUCAAGUCCUGAAACUUCCUCUCUGA